AUGGAUAUCAAGAACCCACGGCGCAUACUUGCAGUAGGUGCGCCAGGGUCUGGAGUGCUCGGCAUCCUUAAAGACCUCACAGGCUCCGCGCCAGAAUCCACCACCUUCGAAGGCAAAGAGACCACCGCAGGCCUGUCACACGAAUGGCGCCUCGAGACGAAAUACUACACAGCCACCCUGCCAAUAUGGCUUGAUGAGAUCACAGACGUCCCCGAAUGGCGUACCGAGUUCACAAAACCCGAAGCUCGCGAAGUGGUCACCGUGCUUGGAGGGUGGAUCUACUGCUUCAAGAAGCCGGUGGAGGCUAAAGAUCUCGAUGUAAUAAGAGAUACAAUGCAAGCGAUAUCCGAUGUGAUUGAGCGCGCAUGCGGCUAUGCAGGCGAAACAGUCUGUCUUGCUGUUGCAAUGCCACAGUCCACUACCCCCUACCUGGAAAAGCCCAGCGACGAAUGGGAGGAGCUGUGCAUGGAACACGGCUUCGAGUACGUUGAUUCGGAGGCAAAAGGCAAGAACGAUUUUGGUGAAGCGACUGGCCUACAAAGGAUCAGGGAAGCGCUUGAGGCUGGUGAAUGGGAAAGUAGCGCUGACCUAGAUGAGGAGGUCGAAGGGUUCGAGGGUAGUUUCGCGGCUGAAGAGGCUGAGAUGAAUACAGAGCUUUUUGGUAUGAAGGAUGCACUACAUGGCGACGACAGCGAGGGUGAGCUUGAUGACAAAGAUGUGGAAGAGUUGGAGACCAUGAUGAGGAAGAUGGUGGCCAUCAAAGAAAUGGGCGAAGGUAUGCCAGAAGCUGAGCGCAAACGCUUCGCUGCAAAAGCAGUCAACGACAUAAUGAAGGAGCUAUGA